AAGGGGCUUGGGAGCCAUCAGAGCCCUGGAGGGGACAGUCUGUGACCAAGGCUGCCGCACCCCCUCCUCGGCACCCGACUCCCUCCUCAAGCAUGAAACUCCUGCUCUGCACCGUGCUGUCCCUCGGGAUAGUGGCUGUGUGUUGUGCUGCUACCCAAAAGGCCAGCAUCAGGUGGUGCACCAUCUCCUCUGCAGAGCAGAACAAGUGCCUCAGCCUCAGGGAGCUGAUGCAGCAGGAGACCGUGGCCCUGAACUGCCUGCAGAAAGCCACCUACCUGGACUGCAUCAAAGCCAUCUCGAAUAAUGAAGCAGAUGCCAUCAGCCUGGAUGGGGGGCAUAUUUUUGAGGCAGGCCUUGCCCCCUACAAGCUGAAGCCCAUUGUUGCUGAGGUCUACGAGCACAGUGGAGGCUCCACCACCAGCUACUACUCGGUGGCCGUGGUGAGGAAAGGAACAGGCUUCACCAUCAACGAUUUGCAGGGCAAGACCUCCUGCCACACAGGCUUGGGAAGGUCUGCUGGCUGGAACAUCCCCAUUGGGACACUCCUGAGCCGGGGAAACAUCAAGUGGGAAGGCAAAGACUCGGGGUCCAUCGAGCAAGCUGUGGCCAAUUUUUUCUCUGCCAGCUGUGUGCCUGGGGUCACCACCGAACCCAGACUCUGCCGUCAGUGCAAGGGGGACCCCAAAACCAAAUGCUCCCGCACAGCACCUUAUUCUGGAUAUUCUGGAGCUUUUCUCUGCCUGAAAGAUGGAAAAGGUGACGUGGCUUUUGUGAAACACACAACUGUUCAAGAAAAUGCCCCUCAGGAGAAGGAUGAGUACGAGCUGCUGUGUCUGGAUGGCAGCCGCCAGCCCGUGGACAACUACAAGAGCUGUCACUGGGCCAGGGUCCCUGCUCAUGCUGUGGUCGCCCGAGAUGACAGCAAGGUUGAUGACAUCUGGAGCUUCCUCUCAAAAGCACAGGAGAAAUUUGGUGUGGGCACCUCUGGCAACUUCCAGCUCUUUGGGCCACCAGGGAAGAAGGAUGCAAGCCUCAAGGACUUGCUUUUCAAAGACUCUGCUGUAGAGCUGAAGAGGAUCCCAGCACUGAUGGACACCCAGCUCUACCUGGGCUUUGAGUAUUACAGUGCCAUCCAGAGCCUCCAGGAAGACCAGCUGAAUCCCAACCGCAGGGAGAACAAGACCCGGUGGUGUGCAGUGGGGAAGAACGAGAAGAGCAAGUGUGACCUCUGGAGUGUGGUCAGCAACGGGGAGGUGGAGUGCACCGUGGCAGACAACACCAAGGACUGCAUCAUCAAGAUCAUGAAAGGUGAAGCAGAUGCCAUCAGCUUAGAUGGAGGUUUUGUCUACACUGCUGGGGUGUGUGGCUUGGUGCCAGUGAUGGGAGAGAGCUAUGAGGAUGACAGUCAGUGCAGGAAAGCAGAAGGAGAACCAGGUAAUUCCUGCCAGCAGGAGGGCAGAAAAGAGCCCUGAGAUGGGAAUAAGCAG